CGGCCCAGUGACGUACCCUUUUCCGCAACAGCUGUGCCAACAGUCCACCAUCGACGCCCGCCCUCGGAGGAUCCCAGGAGCCGCCAGCCGUCCAGGGGCCGGCCACACGCACAGGAGCGACUCCUGGGCAACAGUGGCCCUUGGCGUUAGGCUAAACGCACAGGGGCGACCCCUGGGCAAGAGCGGCCCUUGGCGCGCAACUUUCAGGGGCCGAAGGGAAGCCAAGCCCGAGCACGGAGGACGCUGCUUUCGCAUCGCGCUCGGUCAUCUGGAAUAGGGGCCCGACCACAAGGAACCUUCCGCAAGAAACCCAACCCUGAGACCCCAGGACGUCCAUUGCUUUUUGGCGUGGGAACGCAGCGUCUUCCCAUCGCGAAGCCCUCGGAGCCCAAGGGCACCCUGGAGGCAAGCAGGGUGCCUCUUGGCACGGGCCUCCGCUGUAUGGGGCCCCGCUGCGCCCGCACCUGACGUCACUCUGGCGACAUGCCACCCCUACGUGCCACUGAAAGGAGACUGCCCGCGAAGCCCGAGGGCAAGCUGGCACAGGACGGCCGCGCCGCCCGUGGCAGCCGGCCUUCUCGCCGACGGGGCGGGCCCUCACGGCGCGAGCAGCGCCGCCGCCUCGCUGAGCAGCGCCUCCAGCGGCUCCGCCUCGGGGCGCCCCGCGUCCUCCGCGGCGCUGCGGGGCGGGGCCGGCGCGGCGCGGGAGCAGCCCACGGCCUCGGCGGCCGCUCGCACCCGCUGGAGGGCGUCCUGCGGGGAGCACGCGCCUCCAGGACGAGCCAGGCGGCCGCCACGGCCGGGGACGCCGCGCGCCCGUCCAGGCACGCCAGGGCGACGCCCUCCUCGGACGGCGCCGGCAGCGUCCGGAGGUGACCCACGGCAGCGGCGAGCUCGGGCGCGCCCAGGCGGCCGUCCGCCAGAGGGACGUGGUGGAAGGAGAUCCGCCGGGGGGAUGCCCUGGCCCUCGCAGGUGGCCUCCAGGCUCCCGUCUCCCAGGCCCGCGUACCGGCGCUGCAGCUCCUCGGGCGCCAUCAGCACGAGGACGUGCCUCACCCUGCAGGUGCUGAGCAGGUCCAGCCACGAGGUGAGGGCCAUCAUCCUAUCCUGUGCAUCAUGUCGGCGUCGUCCAUACCCCAGCCAGGCAGCCUGAGCCCAGGCGCCGCCAGCACGUAGAGCCCCUUAGCAUGCUGCAGACAGCUGGCGAGAAGUUGUGCUCCACGCCGUCCUCCAAAUGCCAUCGUACGUCUGUCGGCGUGGCCGCCAUCUAUCAGACCCGCUUCGCGACGCCGCUGCGCCACACUGCGCGGGGUGCCGCUCUCGAACAUGGCU